UUUACGUGAAGGUUGUGCCCCUCCUAGGCAUGGAGCAAGAAGAGGAACAAUGUAAAGAACAAAAGGCCAAUGUGAAUGAUGAAAAAGUCCCAUUUUACAAGCUUUUUGCCUUUGCAGAUGGCCUUGAUGUGACUUUGAUGAUUGUUGGCUGCAUUUCCGCCAUGGCUAAUGGGUUGGCACAACCUCUCAUGACCCUCAUUUUUGGGAAGGUCAUCAACGCUUUUGGAAGCACCGAUCCAUCCCUCAUAGUCAAUGAAGUUUCCAAGGUUGUAAUAUUUUUUGUUUACUUGGCUGUUGGGGCUGGAGUUGCCUCGUUUCUACAGGUAUCAUGUUGGAUGGUGACAGGAGAAAGACAAGCCUCAAGAAUCCGUGCUUUGUACUUAAAGACUAUAUUGAAGCAGGACAUUAGCUUCUUUGACACUGAAACAACAACUGGUGAGGUAAUUGGGAGGAUAUCUGGUGACACCAUUCUCAUUCAAGAUGCCAUGGGAGAAAAGGUUGGGAAGUUUAUACAACUUGUUACAACCUUUUUUGGUGGCUUUGUGAUUGCCUUUACAAAAGGCUGGCAACUCUGUCUAGUUUUGAUUGCAUGCAUUCCUUGUAUGGUUAUUGCUGGUGGAAUUAUGUCCAUCAUGGUGGCGAAAGUUUCAAUUCGUGGGCAAGUUGCUUAUACAGAAGCCGGAAACGUUGUACAACAAACAGUUGGGGCAAUUAAAACAGUUGCCUCUUUUACCGGCGAGAAAAAAGCAAUAGAAAAUUAUAAUGACAAGUUAAGAACAUCUUACUUUGCAACUGUUCAGCAAGGGUUUGCCUCAGGGUUUGGAAUGGGAGUACUGUUGUUGAUUGUAUUUUGCACCUAUGCACUUGCCAUGUGGUAUGGUUCCAAAAUGAUCCUUGAGCGAGGCUAUAAUGGUGGAAGCGUUUUCAAUAUAAUCAUAUCCAUCAAUACUGGUUCAAUGUCACUUGGUCAGGCGGCCCCAUGCAUAAGUGCAUUUGCAUCAGGCCAAGCAGCAGCAUAUAAGAUGUUUGAGACAAUUAAGAGAAAACCGAAAAUUGAUGCUUCUGACACCAAUGGUGUUGUUUUGGAAGACAUGAAGGGAGAUAUUGAACUCAAGGAUGUUCACUUUAGAUACCCUGCAAGGCCAGAUAUUCAAAUAUUUUCCGGAUUCUCAUUCAAUAUUCCCAAUGGUAAAACUGCUGCUUUAGUGGGUCAAAGUGGAAGUGGCAAGUCAACUAUAAUUAGUUUGUUAGAAAGAUUUUAUGAUCCUGAUGCUGGAGAGGUACUUAUAGAUGGCAUUAAUUUGAAGAGUUUUCAAGUUAGAUGGAUUAGAGGACAAAUUGGGCUUGUUGGUCAAGAACCUGUCCUGUUCACUGGUAGUAUCAAAGAGAACAUAGCAUACGGUAAAGAAGAUGCAACAGAUGAGGAGAUAACAACAGCAAUAACACUUGCCAAUGCCAAAAAGUUCAUUGAUAAGCUGCCUGAGGGCAUUGACACAGUGAUGGGAGGGCAAGGAACUGCACUUUCUGGUGGACAAAAGCAAAGAAUUGCAAUUGCAAGGGCAAUUUUGAAGAACCCAAAAAUCCUUCUUCUUGAUGAAGCUACUAGUGCUUUGGAUGCCGAGUCUGAACACAUUGUUCAAGAAGCAUUACAGAAAGUUAUGUCACACAGGACAACUGUAGUUGUUGCACAUCGUUUGACGACUAUUAGAUAUGCUGACAUCAUAGCAGUGGUUCAUCAGGGCAAGAUUGUAGAAAAGGGAACUCAUGACGAGUUAAUCAAGGAUGAUGAUGGUGCUUAUUCACAGCUUAUUCGUUUGCAAGAAGGAAAUAGAGAAUCAGAUAAGUCAAAUAACAACAAUGUCAACUUAGAUAGUCAUAUGGCUAGAUCUUCCACUCAGGGGACAUCCUUUGCGAGAUCAUCAAGUCAAGGCUCAUCAGGCAGUCACUCUUUCUCACUUACCUCUCCUCUUCCUUAUCAACUUUCUAUACGUGAGUCUGAAGAAGGAGCAAAUAGGGAUGUUGAAAGGAGUGAAGUUGAAAAUGUGAAGCACCAAAAUGUUUCUAUUCAACGUUUGGCCAAGUUGAACAAGCCAGAGAUUCCUAUCUUACUACUAGGAUCUAUUGCUGCAGCAGUGAAUGGUGUCACUCUCCCUGUAUUUGGCCUCUUGCUUUCAUCAGCUAUUAACACAUUCUAUGAACCUCCAUAUCAACUUAAGAAGGAUUCCGAGUUUUGGUCAAUGCUAUUUGUUGUUCUGGGGCUUGUCGCUGUGGUAGCUAUACCAUUACAAAACUACUCAUUUGGGGUAGCUGGAGGAAAACUUGUAGAAAGAAUUCGUUCAUUGACAUUUAAAAAGGUUGUGCACCAAGAAAUCAGUUGGUUUGAUCGCCCUUCCAAUUCAAGUGGUGCUGUUAGUGCAAGGUUAGCUGCUGAUGCUUCAACUAUAAGGAGUCUUGUGGGUGACAGCUUGGCCCUUAUUAUGCAAAACAUUGCAACAGUCGCAUCUGGUCUAAUCAUAGCAUUCACUGCUAACUGGAUUCUGGCUUUUGUGGUUUUGGCUGUGUCACCCUUGUUGCUCAUGCAAGGAUACUUUCAAACCAAGUUUUUAAAAGGAUUCAGUGCAGAUGCAAAGGUGAAGUAUGAAGAGGCAAGUCAGGUGGUAAAUGAUGCUGUUGGUAGCAUUAGAACUGUUGCAUCAUUUUGUGCUGAACCAAAGGUGAUGGAUAAGUACAUCAAAAAAUGUUCAGAGCCAGUAAAACAAGGUGUUCGGUUGGGGAUUGUUAGUGGUGGAGGUCUAGGUUUCUCUUUUUUGGCUCUCUAUUGCACAAAUGCUUUUGUUUUCUACAUAGGAGCUAUUCUUGUGCAACACGGGAAAGCAACUUUUGGAGAGGUUUUCAAGGUUUUCUUUGCCUUAACAGUUACAGCAGUCGGUGUUUCCCAAACUAGUGCCUUGGCACCAGAUACUAACAAGGCCAAAGAUUCUGCAGCUUCAAUAUUUGAAAUUCUUGACAGCAAACCCACGAUUGACUCGAGCAGUGAUGAGGGAACAACACUAGACACCGUAAAAGGAGACAUUGAAUUUCAACAAGUCAGCUUUUGUUACCCAACAAGGCCCGAUAUUCAAAUUUUCAAAGAUUUUUGUCUAAGCAUGCCGGCUGGAAAGACCAUUGCCUUGGUUGGAGAAAGUGGCAGUGGAAAAUCAACAGUAAUAAGCCUCUUGGAGAGAUUUUACAACCCUGAUUCUGGACACGUGCUACUUGAUGGAGUGAAUAUCAAAAAGUUAAAACUAAGCUGGCUGAGGCAGCAAAUGGGAUUGGUUGGACAAGAGCCAAUUCUUUUCAAUGAAAGCAUUCGUUCCAACAUAGCUUAUGGGAAAGAGGGAGGGGCAACGGAGGAAGAGAUAAUUGCAGCAGCACAAGCAGCAAAUGCACACAAGUUCAUAAGUUCUCUUCCACAUGGUUAUGACACUUCCGUUGGGGAAAGAGGCACACAGUUAUCAGGUGGACAAAAGCAACGCAUCGCCAUUGCAAGAGCCAUUCUCAAAGACCCUAGAAUACUUUUGCUGGAUGAGGCAACUAGUGCACUUGAUGCAGAAUCAGAGCGUGUUGUGCAAGAGGCUCUAGACAGAGUCAGUGUCAAUAGGACCACUGUUGUCAUAGCUCACCGUCUUACAACAAUUAAAGGUGCUCAUAUUAUAGCAGUUAUGAAAAAUGGGGCCGUUGGUGAAAAAGGAGAACAUGAUGAGUUGAUGAAGAUUGAUGGUGGACUCUAUGCUUCAUUGGUAGCUCUCCAUCUUAGAGCAUCAUAGACAGAGAUCCAUGCCUCCUUACGUAGAAUGGGUUUGUUACUAAUCAGAGAAAUGUCACUACACUCAAACCACUCUCCUCUUAAUACUCUCCCUAUUAUUACUAUUUGUCGAAAAUGUUAAUGAAUCUUAUUACUUGAAGAGACUCAGAUCUGAGAAACACAAAAUUUGUAAUAAUAAAAAGUGUUAAAAGAUGAGUGUAGGUGUUAGUGAGA